AUGGCAUACCAGGUGUUCGCAAAAGCGCAGGCGCAACAGCGAACCACAACUGCCGCUGCCACUUCUCCGCCCCUUUCCCCUCCAUCCCUGCAGAGUUCCCUGAUUAAACCACCACUUCACCCUCCACCACUCGUACUCCCGCAGUCAACGGUGUCUUCUUCACCGGGAAAGCCGCCCACGAUUGGCGAUCCGAACUUUGAGCCUGUACCAUUUCCAGAGCCCUCGGGCUCAUACCGAAGCCCUCAUCCACACAUCACCAUCGACCCAGUCCGCACUGCCCAUAUUCCUUCUUUAAGCCGCGUCACCGGUCUCUUGCUUCCGAUACGCUAUCCUAGUUCAUUUUAUACAGCAUGCAUUACAGAUCCGGUUAUUGCUUCGUUAUCAAGGGUCGCGGUGUAUCAUGACCAUCCCGUGGCUAGCGGUCCCUCUGCGGAAUCUACAUUUGGAGGACACCAGCCAACGGCGAAGGGAGGAUUAGGCGGCACAGACAAAGUAAUUGGAGGAAUUAGAUGUCGGUUGGAAAGGCUGUUUCCAGACUUCGCUGGAAUUAUUCAGGCAGAUGGCAGCAAGCCACCAACAAAUUUAUACAUUCAAACCCUCCACCUCUUGUCGCCGCAUCGUGGGAACGGAGUCGCGGCCUCACUGCUCAAUUCUUUGUUAUUCUCAAAUCCGCCUUUGCAACCAUCUGACUCGUCCUAUCGCGUAUCUAGGCUUGUGAAGCACUACAAUAUUCGAACCGUCACAGCCCAUGUUCAUGAGACGAACGAAGAAGGGUUGAAAUGGUAUAUCGCCCGAGGGUUUCAUGUUGAGGAUGGUAUUGUCAAUGGUUACUAUAGACGUCUUAAUCCCGGAGGAGCGAGGAUUGUGAGGCUAGAUCUUCAUUGGGAAGAGGAGGAAGAGAAGCAAUCGGAGCCGCACCGUCAUCACGAAGACGGAGUCGAAGUCGAAGCUAGACCGGGCGGAGAAGAAUAUAAGGAGGAUGAAGACGAGGACGACGAUGAGGACGACGAUUGGGAGAAACUAGAAGCAGAAGAAGACGACGAUCACGGCGUUGUGCAUCUCACAGAUAGUCGGAUCCUUGACAGCGGAGAUGAUUCCCCAUCAACGACGGCUAGUUCUGGUAAACGCAAACGAGAUAUGGAAGAAAUUUCGCAAGAUAAAUAA